UUUUAUUAUUAUUAUUAUUAUUAAUUAAACACGCACUUUGCUCUUUUCCAGAGUAGAAUAUUUGAAUAUGCGUGUUUAAGUUUCUUAACAUUUUAAAUUGGAUUUCAAUAGAAUUAAUAUUGUAAAAUAAAAUAUAAAAAAAAAAAUGGGAAACAGCUCCAGUUUAUUAUUGCGAGAAGAAGAAAUUGCUCAAAUUCAGGAAGCAACUGGAUUUACUCCGAAUCAAAUUGAACGUCUCUAUAGUCGAUUUACAAGUCUUGAUCGCGGUGAUUGUGGAACAUUGAGUCGUGAAGAUUUUUUGAGAAUACCGGAAUUGGCAAUAAAUCCAUUGGGUGAUAGAAUUGUAAAUGCAUUCUUUGAUGAAAGUGGCAAUGAUCGAGUAAAUUUCCUUCAAUUUAUGCAAGUACUUUCGCACUUUAGGCCUAUUAAAAAAAAUAGUCCUAAUCGUCUUAAUUCCAGACAGGAGAAAUUAAGAUUUGCAUUCAAAAUGUACGAUUUGGACAAUGAUGAUUUAAUAUCAAAAGAAGAAUUAUUAGCUAUAUUACAUAUGAUGGUUGGGGCAAAUAUAAGUGAGGAGCAAUUAACGAGUAUUGCAGAGCGUACAAUUUUAGAGGCAGAUGAAAAUGGCGAUGGAAUGAUAUCGUUUGAAGAAUUUUGUAAGGCACUUGAAAGAACAGAUGUCGAACAAAAGAUGUCAAUACGAUUUCUCAGUUAAAUUAAAAAAAAAAAAUUUUUUUCUUUAAUUUAUUUUGUCAAAGCACAGAAAAAAAAGCUAUAUUUUCCUUUCAUUGCAAUGAAAUUAAAUUAUAAAUUAACGAGCAAUAAAUUAAUUGCAAGCUUUUUUUUUUUUUUUGGUGGAAAUACAGAAAAAAAAUAUAUGCAUUUGUAAUGGUACAACUAAUAGACGAAUUGUAUUUAUAAAAUACCUUCGAAUUAUUUAUUAAAAGUGAUU